AUGUGGACAUUUUUUAUAGAGAGGAAAGAAAGUUUGAAAGAGAUACUGGCCCAGUAUCAAUGGGAGCACUAUCCUUACUGCAUAGAGCAUCAGACCUCAGAGCGCAAGUUCUCCUUAGAUGAACAUAUGGGCUGCAGCCUGCCCGGCGAGAGCAUCACCGGCUAUCUGAGCCACCCAGGAGAUAUUGUUAUAGGAGGAACCUUCCCCAUUCAUUUAGACCGAAUGUACGAUACCAUUGAUUUCUCAACCAAGCCCCCAGAGCUACAAUGUCAGACGUUUGGCGUGGAGUAUUACCAGAGUAUGCAGGCCUUUAUAUUUGCUGUAGACGAAAUUAAUGCAGAUCCAGAACUUCUUCCCAACAUUACUUUGGGCUUUCAAGCUUUUGAUACAUGUACUACAUUGCGGGGAGCAGCAAAAGGGGCUUUAUGGAUGCUCUCUCAAAGCCAAGAAAUUACCCCUAAUUAUCAGUGCCACCAAGGGCCACCAAUUGCUGGUAUUAUUGGAGACUGUGGGUCAACUCGUUCCAUUCUCAUCUCCCAAAUACUUGGAUUGUACCAAUACCCACAGAUCAGUUAUUUGGCAACCAGUCCUAUUCUAAGUGAACGGGACCUGUUUCCUUCCUUUUUUCGGACCAUUCCUAGUGAUGAAUAUCAAAUGAGAGGUCUAGCCCAGUUGGUCUCCUAUUUUGGUUGGUCUUGGGUUGGCCUCUUGGCCAAUGAUGAUGACUAUGGUCAGUUUGGACUUCAGAUUGUAAAGCAGGAGCUAAUGAAUUCUGGAGCUUGUGUGGCCUUCUCUGAGAAUAUAUUGACGGGUCAGCCGGAUCGGAAUGCUCCUCACCUUGCCCAAGUGAUUAGAGAAUCAACCACAAAAGUUGUGGUAGUAAUAGCUUCUGAUUCUGAUUUUGUUAUUGUGGUUGAAGAACUGUUUAGACAGAAUGUGACUGGAAAUAUCUGGGUGGCCAGUGAAGCUUGGGCAGCUUCUACACUACUCUCUGAAGAACGCUUUCAAACUGUUUUAGUGGGCACCAUUGGUUUUGCCAUACAUAGUAGACAAAUGACAACAUUUACCAAGUAUCUUCACAGCCUCCACCCAUCCAAAUAUCCUAAUGAUUCAUUCAUCUGGGAAUUUUGGGAGCAAACGUUCUCAUGCAAAUGGAUCAGUAAGGAGGAACUGAUUGAGGAAGCUACAACACUGUGUACAGGAAAUGAAAAGCUGGAGAGUGGUAAACUGGAGCAGUUUAAUGUUGGGAGUUAUGACCUGAAUGCCCCCGAUGGGAAGACGCUGAAAGCUGACAGUGCUGCUAUCACAUGGACCAACAGUGAUACUCAGGUCCCUCUUUCCAAAUGCAGCCCAAGUUGUCCCCCUGGUUUUCAUAAGGUUAUAGUGCCAGAAAAGCCUCCAUGCUGCUAUGAGUGUGUGCGGUGUCCACUAGGACAGAUUUCAAGCCAAACAGACGCUGUGGAAUGUCUACUAUGUUCCUGGGACAAGUGGCCUAAUCUACAACAGGACACGUGUACACCAAGAAUUACAGAGUUUCUCUCCUAUGAAGAACCUCUGGGGUACAGUCUAACAGCUAUUGCCACCAUCUCUUCUCUCAUGACAAUUAUAAUUUUGGGAAUUUUUAUUCAUUAUAAACAGACACCCAUUGUUCGAGCCAACAACUAUUCCCUUAGUUGCCUUCUCCUGCUCUCCCUGUCCCUCUGUUUCCUUUGCUCUUUAGGGUUCAUUGGUUACCCACAACCUACACAGUGUCUUCUGCGCCAGGUGGCAUUUGGGAUGGUUUUUGCUCUUUGUAUCUCCUGUGUUCUGGCCAAAACCACCACUGUUGUCAUUGCCUUUAAUGCAACCAAACCAGGCAGCAGGUUAAGAAAGUGGACAGGGGUUAAAGUGUCCUACAGCCUCCUUGUUUUUUGUGCUUUUAUUCAGUUAUGUGUGUGCACAGUGUGGCUGAUCUUCUCUCCUCCCUUCCAUGAACUUGACACUGACACACAACCUGGAAUCAUCAUCGUUAAUUGCAAUGAAGGGUCACCCACAGCUUUCUGGUGCAUGCUGGGAUACCUUGGCCUCUUGGCCACCAUCAGUUUCAUUGUUGCCUUCAUGGCCAGACGACUCCCUGACAGUUUCAAUGAAGCCAAAUUUAUCACAUUCAGUAUGUUGGCUUUCCUCAGUGUCUGGGUGUCCUUUAUCCCAGCCUAUCUCAGUGCACGGGGCAUGUAUACUGUGGCAAUGGAGGUCUUUGCCAUUCUGUCUUCCACUUGGGCUGUGGUGGGCUGUAUCUUUGUGCCAAAAUGUUUUAUUAUAAUUUUCAGACCCAACAAGAACUCCAGAGAACAUCUCAUGGAAAAGAGCAGCCAUACUGUACAAAUGCCUAGCUGA